AUGGGACUCUCCAAGACCAACAGGAUCAUCAUCCUGUUGGUGAUUGACUCCGCAUUCUUCCUACUAGAGCUAAUUACAGGUUACGCCGUCCACUCCCUUGCCCUCGUCGCCGAUUCCUUUCAUAUGCUCAAUGAUGUCCUGUCGCUUUGCGUCGGGCUCUGGGCCGUCAAGGUCGCUAAUCGCGAAACAAACUCCGAGAUGUACACAUAUGGCUGGCAACGAGCGGAAACUCUCGGUGCCCUCGUCAACGGCGUCUUUUUGGUGGCUUUGUGUCUCUCGAUUUUCCUAGAAGCCGUCCAGCGAUUGGUGGAGCCCCAGGAAGUCCAGAACCCCAAGCUGGUUUGCAUCGUCGGUUGUCUUGGGCUUCUAUCUAACAUCCUUGGCUUGGCCCUUUUCCACGACCACUCGCAUGGUGGACAUGGUCAUGAUCAUGGUCAUGGCGCUGAGCAUGACGAGGAGGACGUGGAGCAAGGCCACGGCCAGACCCACGAGAACGAAGGCGCAACUUACCUGGCCACCGAUCAAGGAGACGUGAACGCUACAUUAGCUAAGGGUAGCCAUGGAGCUUCCGGUCUUGAGACCGGGUCGAACGGACUCCUCAAUUCUGCUACUGAGCCCUCAUCCACUUCUCGCAAGCGCCGAGUGACCGACUCACAGAGCCGCGGCUCUCGCCGAUACAGCACUUCUCUGGCGAACGUCGAGGACAUCUACGUGCACCCGGCUACUCUCCGACAGGAUAUUAUAGCUGCCAGCCGUGGCGGAUUCGACACUGAGCAGUCGUCUGACUCCGAUAGCCGCGAAGGUGAGGUGCCCACCGAGCGAUCAGGACUUUUGCGCAAUCGUGACCGUGCUUCCAAUUACACCGAUGAGAACGGAGUUCCCUUUACGGUCCCAGAUCACCCCACGGAAGAAGAUGUUCACAAGAGUCACAACCAUGCUCAGCCCAAGCCGAAGGGCCAGAAGGGCGGCCAUGGCCACGGUCACGAUCUCAAUAUGCGGGGUGUCUUCCUACACGUCAUGGGUGAUGCCCUUGGCAACAUUGGUGUCAUUGCUUCUGCAUUGAUUAUUUGGUUGACCGACUACGAGUGGCGGUUCUACGUCGAUCCCGGUAUCUCCCUGGUCAUCACGGUCAUCAUCCUGGCCUCGGCCAUCCCGCUGUGCAAGGCUGCGUCCCGCAUCCUUCUUCAGGCGGCGCCCCAGGGCAUGAGUGUCGACCACAUUAAGGAGGAUAUUGAGCGUCUCCCUGGUGUUAUCGGAACCCACCACCUGCACGUCUGGCAACUGAAUGAUACCAAACUCGUCGCUUCAAUCCAUAUUCAGGUCGACACCGAGAUCAAGGGUGAGGGCUCAGAGCGGUACAUGCGCCUGGCCCGCCAGGUGCGCCGCUGCCUGCACGCUUAUGGCAUUCACUCUUCUACCAUUCAGCCCGAGUUUUCCCCUGACAGCGAUACCGAGGAUAACCAGAACCAGGCCCAGGCAUCGUCGUCCCGCGCCGGCACUGAGGACCCUAACCACUCCAGCCGCGCGACCAGCGUCCGCGAGGGUGACUCUCACGCCUGCCUCCUCGAAUGCGAUGAUAACUGCGCACGCGUUGGCCAGUGCUGUCCCAAAAAGUCCACUUGA